AUGGCACGAGCAAUUCUGGUUUGCGGCGCGACUGGAAAGCAGGGCGGCGCAGUCAUCAACCACCUCGUCGAACAGAAUGCCGACUUUGAGAUCCUCGCCGUCACCCGCGACGCAACCUCCGGAUCCGCCCAGCGUCUCUUGAAAAAGUCGUCCAAAGUUCAUCUCGUCCAGGGUAACUUGGCCGACCCGACUGCGCUUUUCAAGACUGCGCAAGAUGUCGCCUCGUCUCCUAUCUGGGGAGUCUUCAGUGUCCAGGUCCCGAUGGGCUUCGGCCAAGGUGGAGGCGGCGAACUAGGCCAAGGCAAAGCCCUCGUCGACGCAUCCCUCAAAGCAGGCGUCAAAUUCUUCGUCUACACCUCCGUCGAGCGUCACGGCGCAGACAACGCGACGGAUGUGCCUCACUUCGCCCACAAGCACGAGAUCGAGCAGCACCUCUUCAACAAGUCCAAGGGCACCGACAUGGAGUGGGCCGUCCUCCGCCCCGUGGCUUUCAUGGACAACCUCACGGACAACCUCUUUGGGAGGGUUUUCACCACCUCGUGGCGCAUGGCGGUCAAGGGGAAGCCGCUGCAGCUUAUUGCUGUCAGCGACAUUGGCUACUUUGGCGCCGAGGCGUUUCUACACCCUGAGAAGUACAAGGGCCGCGGGGUCUCGCUUGCGGGCGACGAUUUGACGAUUGAGCAGUUUUCUGCGGUGUUCAAGAGGAAUACGGGCAAGGAGCUGCCUGGGACGUAUAGGGUCUUGUGUUGGCUAAUCAUGACGAUGGUGAAGGACUUUGGGUACAUGUUCAAGUGGUUCCACGAUAUUGGGUAUGAUGUUGACAUUGCGGCCCUGAGAAAGGAGUAUCCUGGGCUCAAGGACUUUGAGACUUGGCUGAAGGCGGAGAGCGAGUACGCAGGUAGUAUUCGGUCUUGA